CUCGUUUUCACAAAGAAAAACUUCGUUAACGGUCUCGAACUCUUCAGAGUCUUCUCAGGCCGUAAAUUCACUCAAAUAUGGCCUCUUCAUCAUCCUCAGGGCCUUCCGUCCCCGUAGUAUUCACUACACAGACUCCAUACCCUCUCCCAACCCAAAAAUUCAUGAUUCCAGCAACAUGGAAACGGUUCCAGCUUUCCCAGCUAAUAAACAAGGCCCUGUCUCUGUCGACCCCAGUACCAUUUGACUUUUUGGUGAAAAAGGAAGUCCUUGCCAGUAGUCUAGGGGAAUGGUGUGCAGAGAAUGGUGUUGCAGAGGAAGAAACGUUAGAGAUUGAAUAUAUUGAAUCUAUUCUUCCUCCUCAAAAAAUGUCCGACCAGCCUCAUGAAGACUGGGUUUCGUCGGUUUCUUGUGAACUUCAAGGGUACUUUCUUACAGGCUCUUAUGACGGCGUAGUUCGUGCAUUUGACUACUCCCAAAAGUUGGAUACAGCUUGCUCUAUCCAUUCUGCGCCCAUAACUUCUAUAUGUGUGGUUCCUACGAACGCGGAUGACGAUUCGCACCUUGUAGCAAGCGCCUCGCACGACUUGACUGCUCAGUUGACGCGUAUUACAUUAGGCGCUGAAAAGUCGCGUUCACGGUUGCUCGCAACGCUCCAUCUGCACACGUCCCCCCUGGCUUCAAUCGCGUCGAAUACCACGGGCUCGCACCUACUGACUGCUUCUUGGGAUGGUCUUGUCGGUCUUUGGGAUACCAAAAUACCCACCAGCGACGAAGUCACAGAGGAAAAUGUCGAUCACGAACGGAAAAAGAGGCGAAAACUCGAUGAAUCAGCCAAACCAAAGCGCAAAGCACCUCAAGUGGUACUGAAAUCGCACACUUUGCGAGUAUCUCGAGCUCUGUUCAGCGACAAUGAUGGAAAAACAGCGUACAGUUGUGGAUUCGAUUCCACAGUGCGGAUAUGGGACAUCGAAAACGAAAUCUGUACUCAGACGAUCACUGCUUCUGAAAAACCAUUCUUGGAUAUGAUCAUCUCGUCGGAUGGCAACACAGCGCUCGCAGCCUCGACUGAUCGCACCGUUUCGCUGUACGAUUUGCGCGGGGGCGUCGUAUCUGGCACCGGAUCACUCAUGCAUCCCGCAACGCCAUCAUGCGUGGCCAAGGCAUCGUCGUCGCUCCACCAGAUCGUCAGCGGUGCCUAUGACGGCGUCGUCCGGCUGUGGGAUCUACGGAGCACCAAGGGUGCGUUGUCGAGCUUCAAGGCCUGGGAAGGGAAGAAAAAGGUGCUCGCCGUCGACUGGAAGAGAGGCCUUGUCGGAGUCGGUGGUGAAGGCGGGUUGGAGGUAUGGAAAGCGGGAGAAGAUGGCAGUAAGAUCGGCUAAGUUGUAUUGGCUGCGGUAUUUGACAGCAAAUGUAGCCGAUAAUAUUUUUCCGCAUAAUAUUCUCUUUUUUGACACAGAGUAUGAUAAGAGAUGUCUACAACAUUUUCCUGGGAUGUGCAGUAACGUUGGCAUCACCGGUAGCGGUGUACGAGGAAGCGAGAAUGAGAUCAGUGCG